UUUGGUCUCAUGUCCUUGGUGGGUAUCGCUUGAACGAAGACGUCGGGCAAUUUAUGGGCAAUCUUUUGGGGCUGCAAGAACGUGUUUAACAUGUACAGGGCAACUGUUUUUGCGUUUAUCUCGAGUUAUCCAUGGGCGUUGUUUUACAUCCUUGUGCCUGAAAUUUUGUCCAAUCAACUGGGUGUGUACUUGGUGGGGUUAAACUUAAUUUUGAUGCAUCUGAAGUUAUGUACUUGAGGAAUUUGUAGGCUUUGCGCCUCUUAUGGUGGGUAAUUUUACUGUGAAGCAAGUAAAUUUUGGCAAUUAUUCAAGACGAAGCAUGUUGCUGCCCGAUGAAGAGAUUACCAGAUUGUUUAGAGUCCGGAUAACAGUUUUACAAAUGCUUAAGGAUAGAGGCUACGCCAUUGAGAAAUCUGAGCUGGAAAUGACAAGAAAAGAUUUUGUCCAGAAGUUUGGAGAGAACUUGAAGAGGGAGGAUCUUCUCAUCUUGAAAAACAAAGAGAAGGAUUCUUCAGAUCAGAUUUACGUCUUUUUUCCUGAGGGAACAAAGGCGGGCGUGCCUGUGGUAAAGGCUUUUCUCAAUCGCAUGAAAACAGAUAACGUCCCCAGUGCAAUCUUGGUUGUUCAGAAGGGUCUGACUCCCCCUGCCAAAGCGGCUGUAACCGAAAUUAAUGCAUGCUUCCGGAUGGAGGUUUUUGAGGAAGCAGAGUUGCUGGUUAAUAUCACAGAGCACGCCUUUGUUCCUCAGCACAAGGUGCUUAGCAGUGAGGAAAAGAAGGAAAUACUGGCAAAGUAUGGGGUAAAGGAAACACAGCUGCCUCGUAUCUUAAUUAGUGACCCAGUUGCUAGAUACUUUGGGCUAAAGCGUGGACAAGUUGUGAAGAUCACGAGGGAAAGCGAAACUGCUAAGACAUACGACACAUAUCGUUAUUGUGUGUGAGCCUUCCUUCUCCAUUGUCAUUCUUGAAUUGCUUGCUUGAUUCACAUCCUCAAAUUGCUGGCUCGGGAGUGAUCAGCGAGGAAAAGUAAUUAGCAGCAGUUUGGAACUGACAUACUGGUGCAUGAACUCCGCCAAGCGAUCUUCAACCAACGGAUUCACCCUCUUUUUUUCCCUUUUUUUUUUUUUCAUCUAUGGCUUCUGAGACGAUUUAGUACCACAUUUCAGACCCUUUAGGCAUAUUUUUUUUUUUCUGGGAAACUUUUUUUUUGUCAUCCUUUAUUGCUGUGGAGGGAUGCUAGGGCAAUGUCUCAACACAAGCUAUUCAUAUGGCUUCUGAAAUGCACCAUUCGAAUGGAGAAGUGAAAGAAUGUCUUUUUAGUUCUUUCAUCAAAA